AUGUACUUUACACGGUGCUAUGAAAAUAACACAGUAAAUGAACACAAUGCCAAGUCGCCGCGGCUUCGGCCGUCGGCCUCAGGGCAAAGGGGUCAACUUCGAUGGCGAGCCCCAUGCAGACCGAGUCCAACGGGGAGGAGGCCGGCGCCGUCGUCGUCGGGGAGCAGGACGAAGACGACGACGAGGACUCCGACUUCGAAGCCUCCUAUUAUCAACAGAUACAACAGAAGAGUGUCAGUCUGUGCAGAAGCAUAUAACCCAGAUGAAGAAGAAGAAGAUACAGAACCAAGGGUAGUUCACCCCAAAACAGAUGAGCAGAGAUGCAGGUUGCAGGAAGCUUGUAAAGAUAUCCUCAUCUUCAAAAACCUAGAUCAGGAGCAACUGUCACAAGUUCUUGAUGCCAUGUUUGAAAGAAGAGUUCAGCCUCAGGAACAUGUAAUUGACCAAGGAGAUGAUGGAGAUAAUUUUUAUGUCAUUGAACGGGGACUGUAUGAUAUUUUUGUAGCACGAGAUAGCCAAACUCGCUGUGUAGGCCGCUAUGAUAACCAUGGCAGUUUUGGGGAACUGGCCUUGAUGUACAACACUCCAAGAGCUGCAACAAUUGUUGCCACAACAGAAGGGGCCCUUUGGGGAUUGGAUCGGGUAACAUUCAGAAGAAUUAUCCUCAAAAACAAUGCAAAGAAAAGGAAGACAUAUGAACUUUUUAUUGAGUCAGUACCACUUCUUAAAUCAUUGGAGCCAUCGGAGCGAAUGAAAAUUGUUGAUGUAAUAGGGGAGAAGACAUAUCAAGAUGGAGAACGUAUCAUUUCUCAGGGUGAUAAGGCAGAUAGCUUUUACAUUGUAGAGUCGGGUGAAGUAAAAAUCUUGAUUAAAAGCAAGACUGUCACUGGCAAGGAUGCAAACCAGGAGGUGGAGAUUGCUCGGUGUCAAAAAGGACAGUAUUUUGGAGAACUUGCACUUGUUACCAACAAACCCAGAGCAGCCUCUGCCUAUGCAGUUGGGGAGGUCAAAUGUCUAGUUAUGGAUGUGCAAGCCUUUGAGAGGUUACUUGGCCCCUGCAUGGACAUUAUGAAGAGGAAUAUAACACAUUAUGAGGAGCAGCUGGUGGCAUUGUUUGGCUCAAGCAUGGACCUGACUAAUCCAGGCAAUUAGGCACCAAGUACCUUAGUGCCUUCUCAGUUCAAGACACAGAGAAGUCUCCAAAUAGCAACGAAGCAGCACCACACAAUUGAAAAACAAAAACAAAAAACGGACACUAUGGGACAGUGGCUGUUGGUGUCUUCUUGGGCAUUUUUUUUAGAAACCUACAUAGGUCUCAGCACAGCUGGAUGAGUCAAGACUCGCUCCAGGCCUCUGCUUUUGCUGCUGAAAUUUCAUUAUUAGACCUAGCUUACUGCUGAGUCUCUUAGACCUCUUUCAUAUUGCUUGGUUCAGGAUGGCAUGUCUCUCCAACAAUUCAAGUGCCUGAUAAGAGAGGUGUGGAGCCCUGUAUUGGUUGUUCUUGUUCUUUAAAAAAAAAAAAGGAAAGAAAGAAAGAACUUUGUAAUCCAUUAUUUGGGACAGUAGGUGGCUCUUCCUUCACUCAGGGACAGCCACCUCCUUCACACUAUCUUCAUUUUGACACUUAACUUCCUGACAAGAGUAUCAAAAUCUGCUUUUAAUAAUUGUUAUGGUAAUGAUGUACCUGGAAUUGAAAUAGUUCAUAAUGUCAAAAGGGAUGGAAACGUUUCAAGUCUAGAAAUAGCUAGGUCUGAGCUUUUCCUGCCACCUGCUGGAUGUGGGGGACACCACAACUCAGAAAGCUUAAGGGUUCAAGGGACCUCCCUUGCCAAUACUGAGUACUGAAGGAAAAUACCAAAUUGUGAACAGUAUAUGUAACAGCAAACAGAAUGGUUUUUAAAAUAUUUUAAGAUUGCAGUGAAUUUGAAUAGGCCAUGGGAUCCAGUGGCCCAAGAUGUCCAGCUGUAUUGUCCUUUUUCUGUUCCUUAAACGACUGAUUUUAUGGUCUGAUGGAAACAACAGAACAUAAUGCAGAUUCCUACACAUGGGAUUCUUUAUACUCUUGGAUUUUGCAUGGCCCUUGGCAGAACGAGUUUUAAUGCUCUUUUUUUUUUAAAAAAAGAAAAGAGUUGAUUUUUUUUUGUAACUUAGUAAUAUUUAUGUACUAAAGGGGCUCCCUUCAACUGUAGUAUUUUACAAGUCUAACACAAUUAAGUAUACACUUUCUAAUUGCCAAGACUCUUUGUUUAACCUCUUGUGAAAAUUAGCAGUUUACUUCAAAAUGAAUGUGUUUUUUUAAAAAAAACUAAAAUGAAAAAUUCUCAUUUACACUCCAGCAAUUUAAAUAUGGCUGGGGGCAGGUAACUCUCUGAACUCAGAAUCAGUCCAUUUCUUGCCCUUUGAAAUGCCUUUUAGGCCAUCACCAUUUUAAAAAAAGUGUUUCUAUAGCUUUUCUUACCCAAGAUAAUAUCUCAAUUAAAUUUUAUGCAAGUAUUAUGUCUGUAUGACUUGAACUUUAACAAUGGAUCUGAAAACAUUCUUAAAAGGAAAAGGUUCCCAUAAGUAGUAAUGUGAGUUGCUUGUUUCAUUAUCAGUGUUUCUAAGCAUGUUAUAACCAUGUCUAGUUUGGAAAUAGAUUUUCAUUAAUUGUGGUUUUUCAUCUGAUGGGAGUAAGACUUUUUAAAUCAUGGUCAUUUUGCCAUCUCAAACGUGAAAUAAGUCCACUCUUUCUGAAUUGAUUUUACUGCUUUGCCAACGUUCCAGAUCACCAUUUGGCUCCUAGCCAGUAACCAUUUUCCAACUUGCUACAAAUUCCUGUAUUAAUAGUUUAAGACUUAAUUUAUAGAACAUUGCUGAAUCAGGGAUGUUAGUGUAUUAGCGUGGAAGUGAAAAGGCUUUUUGUGUGUGUGUUAAUGUGAAUGCCACUGGAAAUGAUGUCCAAGGCCUGGUGGUCAUAUCCUGUCCUUUCAGCCAUGUGUUGGGAGACAGAUUUGCUACAGACCUGAAAGCCCAGAAGCAAAUAUAUUCCACCCAUCGUAACAUUUUUCACCAAAGAUACUGUUUUUAAUUGUACAUUUCUUAGUUUGUGUAAACUUUUUCUAAGUUGUGAUUCUUAUGAAGGAUUGGAAAAUAUUAGUCUGCAGCUUGUAAAGCUGGAACAGGUGUGUGUUCAAGCUGUUCCUGAGAUUAUGUUCUUUGAAACUCAGUAAAUUUAAUAUAAACCACACAAGUUUAUUCCACAUCCACAGCGGCCAACCAGUGAAGGCUUUCCCUUCAUGUCCUUUGUCCUUUACAGGAGUCUUGUCCAUUGGAUCCCUGGAGGGUUUGGGGUCUCUUGGGUUCAGGUAGUGUAACAUUGCUACAUAGUACAGCUUGCAAUAUGGCAUCUUCUCUCCCUGGCCAAACUCAAGCAGCACAUGCAAGGAUUCUGUUCUGGGCCCUGGAGAGAAUUUUGCAUUGGCAGGGUGAGGUAUGCUGGAAGCCAUGGACAGAACUGAAAGUGGAUGUGUCUAAUGGGUGGAGUUGUAGUAAUUGGUACUGAUCUAUAGUUACUUCCUGCUGAAAAUAAUGUUUGUAAUAUUCUAAAUGUAAGCAGUUGAAGGGCUCAAUUGCACAACCCCAAAUUGGGCUUAUUUUUUCAAUCUGUAUAAAAUCCAUAUUAUGUACCCGUGUUUAUGGAUUGUGAACUGGUUAUAUGAAUCACUUUAUCAUGAGCACAAUUCACUGACAUUCCUGUGAUAAAAUUGUGUGAAAGUUCUACUUGUACAUUCAAGUCAGGACAGACUGGUUUUUGUUUUCCCCCCAGCUACAUUUAAAUAGGCCAGUUUGUGGUUGUGUAGAUUACUCUUCACAUAGAACAGAUCAACGCUGAUUUUUAAACAUACAUUUGGGCUUUGUCGAAGAUGAUUUGGUGUACUGUUGUAGUAAAUUAUUUUUUAUGCAGAUUUCAAAUGGAAACUGGUUAGAGCAGUUCUGUACACACAAACUGGUUCAGCUCACUUGCUGGAUCCCUUGGCAUUAUUGACUCCGUAUAAGAACACUUUGUAAGAACACCUCUUAAAAUGUUCCUUUCUACUCUUGGUGUCUCUCUUUGUUAAGAGGAAAUGAAAUCUGCCAUAAGUUUUCAUAUGUUCAAUGAAAAUGUCUAGCUUUAAUAAGAGAACUCAGCAGCAAAGUGGCUAAUGAGUGGUGUCUUCUGAGAUUUUUUAAAAAUUAUGUGUGUCAUUUUUGAAGUUGCCAGGAAGAGCUUACAGUGUCCUGAUAUUACUAUAUUUCUGUUAAUGUCACAGCACAAGUUUUUACAAAAUGUAUUAAAACCCUGUCUGUGGAAAAAAAAACCAGCAAGAAAGUACAGUUUUGUAGAGGAAAGAACAAGCCCUUUGUCAUUUUUUUCAUUUCUUGAUAUAUAAUUUUAAACUAUCUUUGUCAAAAAUACAACAUUUCUGGGUCUCCCUCUCCCUAGGCUAACUUUUGUUAUAAGUAAAACUGGUGAAUGAGGAUGUUCUAGUUGCUCCAACAAUAUAAUUCAUUGAAGAGGCCUUCUCUGUGGAUUCUCCCUGGGCAUGAAAAAGAAAGUGGUCCCAUGUUUCUUAGGAGCAUGACAUAGAUUUUCUGAGCCUAGCUAAAGCUUAAACCAUGUGCUAUGAAAACUUUCCUCUAGUCACAAAGAUCAUUUUAACUUUGCAUAAAGAUGCUACCUCAAGGCUCCAAGUGCUUUAAAUGUGUCUUGCCUGUGAGAAUUCCACAAACUGGUUCCAUUAUGUUGUUCUGUUGCAUUAAAUAUGUAAGAUGUUCUCUUUUUAAAGAAAACUGUUGGGGAGGGGCUCAUUUUAAUUCUUUGUUAAUGACUAGUAUUUGAUUCCUUCCCCACCCUGUGUCCCCUUUCAGUAAGUGUGGGCAGAUUUGCAGAGGAGAGCAAUUCUUGCCCAUGUUGGGGAGAGAACAUCAGCCAUAUUAGAUGCUGGUCUUGGUCUGGUCUGGGGUUUGACUUCACUUCCAACUAAUAAAAGCUGACAUGCCA